UUUAUAUUGAUAAAAAUGAAUUCGUUCAACGCGCCUAAUCAAAUCAACGCUAUUGACAAAAUGACCACCGUGAAAUGCAAGUCUGUCGAUUUAGAAGGAUACGUCAUAAUAGUCGUGCAGACCAAGGAUAAUAAAAUAAAACUAUACGGUUCACCUUCAGCCGGCAACUGGGAGAAUCUGGAGCUGGCUGACGAGAUCAUGGAUGUGAACGAAACCAAGCUAGAAGACAUGACCAGGACUGAAGUACUCACACACAUUCAUGAGUGUAUUUCAUCGUGUGUCAUCAAACUGCGAGUAAAGAGACGGAGUGAAACAAAGCUUUUAUCAGACAUCGGUCAUAACGUGAUCCAGGAUGCCUUCCUCAUUGCUGUGGAGGAACAGGCGAGGCAGCGUCUCCAACGACUGUCAGCUCUCAAGAGAAUCACUCCAGUUGAUAUGUCCAAGCUGUCUGCUGAAUUAAACAAAAGAAAACGAACGCAAACUGAGAGCCGACAGGAGUUGAACGGUUACAUAGCAAACUCCACAGUAUACGUGACUUCUAUAAACGAGAACGGAGCUAUCGAGAGCAAACCCACAAUAUCAUCACCGAAAUCACAACCGAAGUCCCUCCAAGCGAAGCCAGCACCGCUCAUAGCCAACGGCAUCCAAGACAAGAAGGACGCCGUCGAGGACGCAGUUGAACCAGAGAAACACGAAAAAGAUUCUAGUGAGAAAAGUUUUAAGGUUGAUAGUGAAUUGAAGGAAAGUGAAGUGUUGAGUGUUAAAAGUGAUGCGUACAAUGUGGCGAGAGAGCAUCUGAAUAACGGGAGGUGCGAGAAACUGCUGGGGGAGCAACCGGAUCAUCGGAUACGAGCCACUGCUGUAGUCGAGAACAGUAAACUAGGACCGGGAGAGAAAGGGCCUCGCAGACGUUCUGGCUCUAGCAUUGUGGUGCUAGGAGCUGAAGAGGAGAAGCUUCCGCCCCCGGAUGACGAGACAGACAUGCUCACCAUGCUCUCACUCACCACGGAUACUGGCCCCCACCGCGAGAUGGCGGUGGAUGUCCCAGACAGCUUCAUCGCUAGGAAUAAGACCCCGCCGCGCUACCCGCCACCCCGCCCACCACAGGUACGCCCUCGUGCCAGAGAUGAUGAGCCCCUCUUAUCAUCAGGCGGCUCAGGAACUUCUUUUGGCAGCAAACAGAGCACCGUCCUCCAAAGCAACGUCGACAUAUCCGGCCCAAGCUCCGACGGCUCAGGCAGUUUCAAGAUUAACAGCACCAUGGAAUUACUGUCAUUACCCCAGAGCUCGGACAGUUCUGGGGUAAGUUUUGGCAGCAAGAAAAGCAAGGGUUCUGCGGAAACAGCGAAAUGCGAUAUAGCAUCAGAAAGGUCCGAAUCGGUGGAUUCUAUUCUGUCACACAAAAUACAACUGCUGAUAUCGAACGGUGAAGAUUCUCUCUUGGAUUGUAAGGAGGGUGUGACGUACUCCACGCGGACUGAUUCAGUCCUCAUCAGGGAAGCUGUGUACGCUUCUUACAAGCUGCCUCCGGGGUUUGAUACGACGCCCGUGCUCCUUGGACGGGAAGUGGCGGUGGAUGUUCCUGAUAGUUUCGUUCAGAUAGUGAAAACUACCCCAAAGUACCCGAACACUGCUGACAGGAAGACGUUUCAGGUGAAUGGAACAGCGAAGGGUGCGCCUGUAGUGCCCCCUCGCGAGGCGCCUCGUGAUGCUCCGCCCAGGCCGCCCGCUCACGAUCUCACUAGAGAGCAAGUUGAUUCAAUCAAGAAGUAUCAGGAGCAACUCCGUCAAAGGAAAGAAGCUGAAGAGCGAAUUGCUGCUCAGAACGAGUUCCUGAGGACCUCGCUGCGAGGCUCCCACAAGCUACAGGCCUUGGAGUCCAACCCGCCCUCCUCAACAGCCUUCGUUAAUGAUGCCUACGAGGAAGACGCCGCUGAUGAGGCAGAGCAACUGUACGCGCUCGUCGACUAUCAGGAAGUAUGUGCAGCGUUAUCGAGGGUUCAAAAAUCAUUAUCGUCUUGCGGGGAGGGUGCUCUAGCAGCGAGAGUCUCAGGCGCCGCGGGAGCCCUGCUAUGUCCAGCUCUGAGGACAGCACUAGCGACACGAUCCGCAGUCCUAACAGCCGUUAGACAUAAACGACCAGGAUUGUCUCCACCGCAGACACAUCGAGCCACUGAUAGACUAAAGGAUUGUAUAGAUGUGUUAGGCUCUCACACGUCGUCUGGAAGCGAGACAUCGGCUCUGGCUGCAGAACUGCUGUCAAUCCUCGGAGGUCUUGAGGUGGAGAGUGUGAUACAGGCCCACGACCAGGCCGCUGCACUACUGGACCCCUCGUGUUUCAAUAGAGUGAAGAGAAAUAAGACUGGCUUCAACAACCACAAAGACGACAAAUAUUUACCGAAUUCGCCGGACGACUCCAGCGAGAAUAUUAAGAUAAUUAAAAUAGAAAAAACGAAUGAACCACUUGGUGCUACAGUGAGGAAUGAGGGAGAGGCGGUCAUUAUUGGAAGGAUAGUGAGGGGAGGAGCGGCAGAGAAAUCAGGACUCCUACACGAGGGGGAUGAACUCCUCGAAGUGAACGGUGUGAGUAUGCGCGGUAAGUCGGUGCAUGAGGUGUGUCAGGUCUUGGGAGGCCUGGCGGGCACCCUGAGCGUGGUGCUCGCCCCCCGGCCGAGACCCAGACCUCCUCCUGCCUACCGCGUUUUACACGUCAGGGCCCACUUCGACUACGACCCUGAGGACGACGUUUAUAUACCAUGUCGGGAACUCGGUAUCAGUUUUCAAAAAGGCGAUGUGUUGCACGUCAUCAGUCGCGAGGAUCCCAACUGGUGGCAGGCCUUCAGGGAGGGAGAGGAGGAUCAGACGCUCGCCGGCUUGAUCCCCAGCCAGGCCUUCCAGCAUCAACGCGAAUCAAUGAAGCUGUCUUUGGCGGGCGAGGCGGGCUCCGCUGCCAGAAGGUCGAGGAAGGGCGCCACGUUGUUGUGUGCUCGAGCCAGGAGACGCAAGCCCAGGAAACCCACCAGCGAGGCUGGCUACCCGCUGUAUUCAGCACAGCCUGACGAGUUCGAGGCGGAGGAGAUACUCACGUACGAGGAGGUGGCUCUGUACUACCCGCGCGCCUCCCACAAGCGACCCAUCGUCCUCAUCGGGCCCCCCAACAUCGGUCGCCACGAGCUCAGGCAGAGGCUCAUGGAAGACUCCACGAGGUUCGCUGCAGCCGUUCCGCACACAUCCCGCGCCCGCAAGGACCACGAGGCGGCCGGCCAGGACUAUCACUUCAUAUCCCGCGCUCAGUUCGAGGCGGACAUCCUGAACAGGAAGUUUGUGGAGCACGGAGAAUACGAGAAGGCUUAUUAUGGUACAUCCGUGGAGGCGAUCCGCGAAGUGGUGAACUCCGGUAAGAUCUGUGUCCUGAACCUUCAUCCUCAGUCGCUGCGAAUCCUGCGGGGCUCUGACCUCAAGCCCUACACCGUGUUCGUGGCGCCGCCCAGCCUGGAGAAGCUGCGGCAGAAGAAGAUCAGGAAUGGAGAGGCCUUUAAGGAGGAGGAACUAAAAGAGAUAAUAGCGACCGCGAGGGACAUGGAACUGCGCUGGGGUCACUUGUUCGACAUGAUCAUUAUUAACAACGACACGCAGCGCGCUUACCAGCAACUGUUGAACGAGAUCAACAGUCUGGAGAGGGAACCGCAAUGGGUCCCAGCGCACUGGCUCAAACAGACCUAGCGCAGGAUUCCCGCCAUCACGGAUAACAUAAUGCCAAUGUUACAUUUGCUAGUUCACGUAUCCGAACGUGACUCGUUCGACGACGCAAAUGGUUUUACAUUUGCUCUCGGUCCGCGUUUCCGAACGUACAGAGACGCGCGCUGUUACAGUUCGAAUACAUUCCGAACGGAAUGUGUCAUCGAGAUAUUUAAUUUGUUUUGGAUUUGGUAUAACACGUGUAUAAACGGAUUUACUUUGGGUAAUACUGCCUUAUUACUGUCUAGCUUUAAUAAUAGCGUCAUAUGAAGUAGUCACCUUAAUUGAAUGUUUUUUUAAUCGAAAUCAAUUUAUAUUAUGAACAAUUAUAUCUGAAUAUACUUUAGUGACUUAAAUAUUAUUAUUUUUAAUGUUUUAACAAAUUUAAAAUUAUAGUUAUAUGUAACCAAAAUUUUAAAUAAUAAAUCAUGUUUGAGAUAAUUAAUGUACUUAAAUUGUAUUUAUUUCGUUUACUUUGAUAGUGUCCUUGAUACAAUAAUGCGAUGGAAUUUAUAUUUCAUAUUCUUAAGUAGGUACUUAUUAUAAUAUUACUUAACUACGAACAAUAAAAAAAUUAUCUAUUGCCAAAUUUGUACCCUAGUUAUUAAAAUAGUAAAUUUUCAUAAAUUUCUCCAGUAGCUAGCCUCGUGGGUUUGUAACGUCGGCGGUAGAUAUUUUAAUCAUAUGAAACACAGUCUAUCGCAAUUUAACUAGUGUGUCGACGAAGCAAUAUUUUUAAACCUGUAUCGUGUUAUAUUCGACAUAUCUAAUUUUUAUAGUAUUCACUAUAUUGAAACAUUUUUGCCAAAUUAAAUCUCCUUUUUGUCAAAUAUACUAUUUUAAUAUACCUUUAGAUCAAUAGUUUUAUUGUCAACAUUAAAAAUUUACCGCUUUUGAAAGACGUUUCAUGACAUUCCAACAUUCAACUUCAACGGUAAUAUUAACUAAAAAAAUAUGUUGUUAUAAGAAAUGUCACGUUUCUAUAAAAUGAAAAAAUUGUUUCCCAUUAUCCGAAACUGAAUGUUGCCAUGUUAUAAAAUAAAUAUUUGAUAAAAACGUAAAACAAAUUGGAAAGGGACUUGUAUUGUUGGGAUUUCAUUCGUCUAUAUAUUAAAACAUGUAAGUAGAUAGAAAUGUGCGUUCCAAAUGUUUAGUGCCAAAUACAGUGCCCGCGCUGUCACUGUCGGUGACAUACAAUUAUCACAAUUUUUUAAUAGAUAUAUUUGAUAUGUACUUUAUAAUAUGUUAAAAUGUAUUGUGUGCUGAUUUUGAGGUAUUAUUGUGUAUGUAAGUUUGUAUUACGUAGCCUGUGGAGGUGCUAAAAUUUAUGAACUAGUAUUCUGUUAUAUCAUUCUGUUUAAAUUUGUGUUUAUUUGUUUUGUGUGAGAUUUUUGUUUGCAAUUCGAAAAUUAAACAAACAUUUCACACAGACUUGUGGUUUUAUGGAACUUCACAGUAUUGAUAUUAUUAUAUAAUUUAUAAAUAGUUCUGUACAUAAAAUAUAUUGACAACGGAAUGAUAAAUAUUAUAAAUACCAUGUUAAUAGUGAACAAUUUAAUGUAAAUAAUAGAAUACCUAUUAAAUUUAAUAUCAGAUAAAAUGUUGGUUUCA